AUGGCUGAUACAGUUCUUGAUUUUCUGUUGGAGGACUUGAAACUGAUAGUUAGCAAAAACACUUGCUUUAUUAUUAGCGACAUGGAUCAAAUCAAAUCAGUUUAUAACGAUUUUACAGUCGUAAGAAGUUUCCUCAGGCAGUUGAAGGAUGAUCACAAUGGAGAUUGUUUCCUGGAACAAGUUAAAGAUUUGGCUUGUGAGGCACUAGAGGACCUCGAUUCAUUUAUUUUAAAUGUAAUCUUGAAAGAGGAUGAAGAAAUGUGUGGGAAGAUCUAUCAUGCAUUUGAUCCUCCAAAGAAACUCAGGUAUAUUGCGGAAGCAAUCAACUCCAUUAAGAAGAAGAUGGAAAAGAAUCCUCACGCUGUUUCAAUGCCAAUACUUGAAGUUUCUACUCAAAGUAUAUCUGAAGCAAUCAGGCCGCAGGUAGAUUUUCAUCCUAAUUUCGUUUUAUUGAUUUUGACAGAUAAUGUGAAUUGUGAAGUAGGAUUCCAACAUCUCUCUUGCACCUUACAAGUGAAGAUAAGAAGCGUGUCCGUUGUGUUUCCAGAAUCCUUUAAGAUUGCAAAUGGAAUAUCCCAAAGUUUCAUCUGA